UACCGACAGGAGCAAGCCUUAACCUUCUGCACAAAAAUCAUGUUAAACAAAGUUGUGUUAUUUGUGGCCCUUUUUGGCCUGGCUCGCGCUGGAUUACUGCCCGUGAAAAGUUCCGGAAGUGACGACACCUACGAUUCCCAUCCGCACUACUCCUUUAACUACGAUGUGCAGGAUCCAGAGACCGGAGAUGUGAAGUCGCAAUCGGAAUCUCGAGAUGGGGACGUGGUCCAUGGUCAGUACUCCGUUAACGAUGCCGAUGGCUACAGACGAACUGUGGACUACACCGCCGACGAUGUGCGUGGUUUCAAUGCGGUGGUGCGCCGUGAGCCACUUUCUAGUGCUGCGGUGGUGCUGAAGCCAAAGGCGGCAGUUGUGGCCCCCAAAGUUCAGUUCCAGCCGCUGAAGAAGUUGCCACCACUGAAGCCCCUCUCUCAGGCAUCGGCGGUGGUGCACCGAUCCUACGCCCCGGUGAUUCACCAUGCCCCAGUGACCCACGUGGUGCACCACGCUGCUCCGGCGCACUCCUUCGUUUCACACCAUGUGCCACUGCUGAAGACCUCCUUGCACCACGCCCAUCACCCCCAUGCCAUUUCAUAUGUGUUCUAG